AUGGGAUUUCCCUUGACUCGCCCCGGAUGGGACUACAACACGGCCGAAGGUAGGGAGAGCUUGAAAAUCUAUCGCCAGGCUCUGGUGGCGGGUCUCCGAGGCGCCUCAAGACGGCCCACUAAUUUGGCUAAGGCUAUCACAGCUGUGGCCAUGCUGGUCAAGGACGCUGACAAAUUGACUUUGGGACAGAAUAUAACGGUAAUAGCCCCCCAUACAUUGGAGAACAUCGUUCGACAACCCCCAGACCGAUGGAUGACCAACGCCCGCAUGACCCACUAUCAAAGCCUGCUUCUCACAGAGAGGGUCACGUUCGCUCCACCAGCCGCUCUCAACCCUGCCACUCUUCUGCCUGAAGAGACUGAUGAACCAGUGACUCAUGAUUGCCAUCAAUUAUUGAUUGAGGAGACUGGGGUCCGCAAGGACCUUAUAGACAUACCGCUGACUGGAGAAGUGCUAACCUGGUUCACUGACGGAAGCAGCUAUGUGGUGGAAGCACAGGGUGCUGCGAGGGGACCCUCUGCCCCUACUGGAGCUCCGGUGGCGGAGGGACCUGCUGCCGGGACUCGAAGCCGGAGGGGCGCCACCCCGGAGCGGACAGACGAGAUCGCGACAUUACCGCUGCGCACCUAUGGCCCUCCCAUGCCGGAGGCCAAUUGCAGCCCCUCCAGUAUUGGCCCUUUUCUUCUGCAGAUCUCUAUAAUUGGAAAACUAACCAUCCCCCUUUCUCGGAGGAUCCCCAACGCCUCACGGGGUUGUUGGGACUACAACACGGCCGAAGGUAGGGAGAGCUUGAAAAUCUAUCGCCAGGCUCUGGUGGCGGGUCUCCGAGGCGCCUCAAGACGGCCCACUAAUUUGGCUAAGGGGAGACGGGGUUCGGACCCCCUCCCCGAGCCCAGGGUAACUUUAAAGGUGGAGGGGCAACCAGUUGAGUUCCUGGUUGAUACUGGAGCAGAGCAUUCAGUGCUGCUACAACCAUUAGGAAAACUAAAAGAAAAAAAAUCCUGGGUGAUGGGUGCCACAGGGCAACGGCAGUAUCCAUGGACUACCCGAAGAACCGUUGACAUGGGAGUGGGACGGGUAACCCACUCAUUUCUGGUCAUCCCUGAGUGCCCAGUACCCCUUCUAGGUAGGGACUUACUGACCAAGAUGGGAGCUCAAAUUUCUUUUGAACAAGGAAGACCAGAAGUGUCUGCGAAUAACAAACCCAUCACUGUGUUGACCCUCCAAUUAGAUGAUGAAUAUAGACUAUAUUCUCCCCAAGUAAAGCCUGAUCAAGAUAUACAGUCCUGGUUGGAGCAGUUUCCCCAAGCCUGGGCAGAAACCGCAGGGAUGGGUUUGGCAAAGCAAGUUCCCCCACAGGUUAUUCAGCUGAAGGCCAGUGCUACACCAGUAUCAGUCAGACAGUACCCCUUGAGUAGAGAGGCUCGAGAAGGAAUUUGGCCGCAUGUUCAAAGAUUAAUCCAACAGGGCAUCCUAGUUCCUGUCCAAUCCCCUUGGAAUACUCCCCUGCUACCGGUUAGGAAGCCUGGGACCAAUGAUUAUCGACCAGUACAGGACUUGAGAGAGGUCAAUAAAAGGGUGCAGGACAUACACCCAACGGUCCCGAACCCUUAUAACCUCUUGAGCGCCCUCCCGCCUGAACGGAACUGGUACACAGUAUUGGACUUAAAAGAUGCCUUCUUCUGCCUGAGAUUACACCCCACUAGCCAACCACUUUUUGCCUUCGAAUGGAGAGAUCCAGGUACGGGAAGAACUGGGCAGCUCACCUGGACCCGACUGCCCCAAGGGUUCAAGAACUCCCCGACCAUCUUUGAUGAAGCCCUACACAGAGACCUGGCCAACUUCAGGAUCCAGCACCCUCAGGUGACCCUCCUCCAGUACGUGGAUGACCUGCUUCUGGCGGGAGCCACCAAACAGGACUGCUUAGAAGGUACGAAGGCACUACUGCUGGAAUUGUCUGACCUAGGCUACAGAGCCUCCGCUAAGAAGGCCCAGAUUUGCAGGAGAGAGGUAACAUACUUGGGGUACAGUUUGCGGGAUGGGCAGCGAUGGCUGACGGAGGCACGGAAGAAAACUGUAGUCCAGAUACCGGCCCCAACCACAGCCAAACAAGUGAGAGAGUUUUUGGGGACAGCCGGAUUUUGCAGACUGUGGAUCCCGGGGUUUGCGACCUUAGCAGCCCCACUCUACCCGCUAACCAAAGAAAAAGGGGAAUUCUCCUGGGCUCCUGAGCACCAGAAGGCAUUUGAUGCUAUCAAAAAGGCCCUGCUGAGCGCACCUGCUCUGGCCCUCCCUGAUGUAACUAAACCUUUUACCCUUUAUGUGGAUGAGCGUAAGGGAGUAGCCCGGGGAGUUUUAACCCAAACCCUAGGACCAUGGAGAAGACCUGUUGCCUACCUGUCAAAGAAGCUCGAUCCUAUAGCCAGUGGUUGGCCCGUAUGCCUGAAGGCUAUCGCAGCUGUGGCCAUACUGGUCAAGGACGCUGACAAAUUGACUUUGGGACAGAAUAUAACUAUAAUAGCCCCCCAUGCGUUGGAAAACAUCGUCCGGCAGCCCCCAGACCGAUGGAUGACCAAUGCUCGCAUGACCCACUAUCAAAGCCUGCUUCUCACAGAGAGGAUCAUGUUUGCUCCACCAGCCGCUCUCAACCCUGCCACUCUUCUGCCUGAAGAGACUGAUGAACCAGUGACUCAUGAUUGCCAUCAACUGUUGAUCGAGGAGACUGGGGUCCGCAAGGACCUUAUAGACAUACCGCUGACUGGAGAAGUGCUGACCUGGUUCACUGAUGGGAGCAGCUAUGUAGUGGAAGGUAAGAGGAUGGCUGGGGCGGCAGUGGUGGACGGAACCCGCACGAUCUGGGCCAGCAGCCUGCCGGAAGGGACUUCAGCGCAAAAGGCUGAGCUCAUGGCCCUCACGCAAGCUUUGCGGCUGGCCGAAGGGAAAUCCAUAAACAUUUCUACGGACAGCAGGUAUGCCUUUGCGACUGCACACGUACACGGGGCCAUCUAUAAGCAAAGGGGGUUGCUUACCUCAGCAGGGAGGGAAAUAAAGAACAAAGAGGAAAUUCUAAGCCUAUUAGAAGCCUUACAUUUGCCUAAAAGGCUAGCUAUUAUACACUGUCCUGGACAUCAGAAAGCUAAAGAUCUCAUAUCCAGAGGGAACCAGAUGGCUGACCGGGUUGCCAAGCAGGCAGCCCAGGGUGUUAACCUUCUGCCUAUAAUAGAAACGCCCAAAGCCCCAGAACCCAGACGACAGUACACCCUAGAAGACUGGCAAGAGAUAAAAAAGAUAGACCAGUUCUCUGAGACUCCGGAAGGGACCUGCUAUACCUCGGAUGGGAAGGAAAUCCUGCCCCACAAAGAAGGGUUAGAAUAUGUCCAACAGAUACAUCGUCUAACCCACCUAGGAACUAAACACCUGCAGCAGUUGGUCAGAACAUCCCCUUAUCAUGUUCUGAGGCUACCAGGAGUGGCUGACUCGGUGGUCAAACAUUGUGUGCCCUGCCAGCUGGUUAAUGCUAAUCCUUCCAGAAUACCUCCAGGAAAGAGACUAAGGGGAAGCCACCCAGGCGCUCACUGGGAAGUGGACUUCACUGAGGUAAAGCCAGCUAAAUACGGAAACAAAUAUCUAUUGGUUUUUGUGGACACCUUUUCAGGAUGGGUAGAGGCUUAUCCUACUAAGAAAGAGACUUCAACCGUGGUGGCUAAGAAAAUAUUGGAGGAAAUUUUUCCAAGAUUUGGAAUACCUAAGGUAAUAGGGUCAGACAAUGGUCCAGCUUUUGUUGCCCAGGUAAGUCAGGGACUGGCCAAGACAUUGGGGAUUGAUUGGAAAUUACAUUGUGCAUACAGACCCCGAAGCUCAGGACAGGUAGAGAGGAUGAAUAGAACCAUUAAAGAGACCCUCACCAAAUUGACCACAGAGACUGGCAUUAAUGAUUGGAUAGCUCUCCUGCCCUUUGUGCUUUUUAGGGUUAGGAACACCCCUGGACAGUUUGGGCUGACUCCCUAUGAAUUGCUCUAUGGGGGACCCCCCCCCCCCCCCCCGUUGGCAGAAAUUGCCUCUGUACAUAGUGCUGAUGUGCUGCUUUCCCAGCCUUUGUUCUCUAGGCUCAAGGCGCUCGAGUGGGUGAGGCAGCGAGCGUGGAAGCAGCUCCGGGAGGCCUACUCAGGAGGAGACUUGAAACCUCGAGACUCGGUGGAAGGGCCCUUAUCUCGUACUUUUGACCACACCAACAGCUGUAAAAGUUGA